UCGGGCGAGAAACCGGAGAAGCAGAGCGGAGGAAGAUCAAUCAUUAAUUCCCCCCUUCGUGCCUCUGCUUCUGUCCUUUUUCUUUUCUUCUGUCUGCAUACUUUCUAUUCUCCCUCUCUUUUCUUUCUCAAUUUCUCAGAGAGAGCAGAUACACACUCUGUCUGCUAGGAUCCCUUCUAUUCGUUUCAUUUGGGCUCUCACCAUGGCCACCCGUCAGUAUCUGGCCCGUUCGCUCCCCGCCCUCCGCGUUUGCUCUCCCCGCAAUUCCAGGAACGCCAUCUCGUCAGCCAGAAUUGCAGCAGUGACUGCAUCUCGCUCCCGCUCAACGUCAGCCAUGUCUGCCUCAUCGAAUUCAGCUCCUCAGAAGGUCUCUCUCUCGAUGGUCGCGUCCCGGCGGUUGCAUGCCACGGCACGCCAGCUGGUCGCUGCAACGACCACCGCUGCCACUACAGCAACAGAGUACCCGACCACUCACGAAGCGAUCGCCAACCCAAUCGACACGACCAACUUCAUUGACAACCAAUUCGUUCCAUCCAAGGCGACAACAUGGAUUGAUCUGUACGAUCCGGCUACAAACAAUCUCGUCACUCGCGUUCCCCAGAGCACGGAUGAGGAGCUCCAGGCGGCCGUGCGUUCGGCCGAGAAAGCUUUCCCCGCAUGGCGCGCUACCAGCAUCAUGCACCGACAGCAGGUCCUUUUCAAGUUCACGAGCCUCAUCCGUACCCACUGGGAUCGUCUUGCAGCGUCGAUUACUCUCGAGCAAGGUAAGACGUUCGCGGAUGCCAAGGGAGAUGUCCUCCGUGGUCUCCAAGUGGCGGAGACCGCCUGCGGCAUCACCACCCAGAUCACCGGGGAGGUGCUUGAAGUCGCCAAGGAUAUGGAAACAAGAAGCUACCGGGAGCCAUUGGGCGUUGUCGCCGCCAUCUGUCCAUUCAACUUCCCCGCCAUGAUUCCCCUGUGGUGUAUCCCCAUUGCCACGGUGACUGGAAACACGUUGGUCCUGAAGCCUUCAGAGCGCGAUCCCGGUGCGGCUAUGAUCCUGGCAGAGCUGGCCAAGGAGGCUGGUUUCCCCGACGGUGUCAUCAACAUCGUCCAUGGUGCCGCCAAGACCGUCGAUUUCAUCCUGGACGAGCCUGCUAUCAAGGCCAUUAGCUUCGUCGGUAGCAACCGCGCGGGCGAGUAUAUCUACACUCGUGGGUCGGCCAACGGCAAGCGUGUGCAGGCCAACUUGGGCGCCAAGAACCACGCCGCCCUCCUGCCCGAUGCCAACAAGAACCAUGCUCUUAACGCCAUCGCGGGUGCUGCAUUUGGCGCUGCAGGUCAGCGUUGCAUGGCUCUCAGCACUCUCGUCGCCGUCGGAGAGACGAAGGAUUGGCUGCCAGAGAUUGCAGAGAGAGCCAAGGCUCUGAACGUCAACGGUGGAUUCGAAGAGGGCGCAGACCUUGGCCCCGUCAUUAGCCCAGAGAGCAAGAAGCGCAUUGAGGAACUGAUCGCCAGUGCAGAAGAGGAGGGUGCCACGAUCCUCCUCGAUGGACGAGGCUACAAGCCCGAGAAAUACCCUAACGGCAACUUCGUUGGACCCACCAUCAUCACCAACGUCACCCCCAACAUGCGCUGCUACAGAGAAGAGAUCUUCGGCCCCGUCCUCGUCUGCCUGAACGUCGACACGCUCGAUGAUGCCAUCUCCCUCAUCAACGCCAACGAAUACGGUAACGGCGCCGCUAUCUUCACCAAGUCCGGCUCUACUGCUACUCACUUCCAGAAGAACAUCGAAGCCGGCCAGGUCGGCAUCAACGUCCCCAUCCCUGUCCCGCUGCCCAUGUUCUCCUUCACUGGUAACAAGAAGAGUAUCGCCGGUGGCGGUGCCAACACCUUUUACGGCAAGCCCGGUCUACAGUUCUACACUCAGCAGAAAACCGUUACUAGCCUGUGGCGAAGUGAGGAUGCUGUCAGCAGCAAGGCUAGUGUCGUGAUGCCUACGCAAUCGUGAGAUUUCGGAUGUUUUGAAUGCUAAGUGUUAAUUUUAUGUGGAGAACGAUAUCCCGGAGCUUUUUAUAUGCCUUGAAAGGGAGGUUUGAGCUGGAUGUGACUCGUCCGCUGGGGUGGGUAAUAAGGUAAAAGAAUGAAUGAAUAUCCAUGAUGAUGAAAGCAGCCAGUGUCCUGGGCUGGUCGCGCGUUUAUCGCUAUUUUAUUAGCUGCCCAAAAUUGUGCUUCAUCUGGGAGUUUAUAUAUGAUCU